CUAUCCUUCUCAUUUUACUAAUAUUUUUUUUCUUCCUUCACCAAAACACAUACUAACCUUUUUGUGUUUAGGGUUCUUUGAAUAGUAUAUUUUACAUAAAACAUAGAGAUUCACCAAACUCUCUUGCAUUUUUGUGACUCUUCAAUGGCCUUCUCUUCUCUUCUCAAACCUACCGCCUCCCUUGUUCGUCCAUCCCAUCGCUCCCAGGCAUCAUGUGUAGGCCUUCAACACAGUUCUAACUCUGUCAAAUUACAAUCAGCUAUCUUCGGAGAUGUUGUCUCAAUCGCGCAAUCUUCGUCCUUACAAAACUCUGGUGCCUGCAGCAUUCAACCAAUCAGAGCAACUGCUACUGAGUUGCCUCCAACAGUUCCAAAGUCACAGACGGGUGGGAAAACAAGGGUUGGUAUAAAUGGUUUUGGACGUAUUGGGAGAUUAGUAUUAAGAAUUGCAACAUUCAGGGAUGAUAUUGAGGUAGUUGCAGUUAAUGACCCAUUUAUUGAUGCAAAGUACAUGGCUUACAUGCUCAAGUACGACUCCACCCAUGGAGUUUUCAGAGGAUCCAUCAGUGUCCUGGAUGACACUACUUUGGAAAUCAACGGGAAGCAGAUUAAAGUCAGUAGCAAAAGGGACCCUGCAGAUAUUCCAUGGGGUGAUUUAGGUGCAGAUUAUGUUGUUGAAUCUUCUGGUAUCUUCACAACUGUUGACAGGGCUUCAGGACAUAAGAAGGGUGGUGCAAAGAAGGUCGUAAUCUCAGCCCCAUCAGCUGAUGCACCAAUGUUUGUGGUGGGAGUGAACGAGAAAACUUACAAAGCCAACAUGGAUGUUGUUUCCAAUGCUAGCUGUACAACCAAUUGCCUUGCUCCACUUGCCAAGGUGGUUCAUGAAGAGUUUGGCAUUGUUGAGGGGCUAAUGACUACUGUGCACGCAACAACAGCUACCCAAAAGACUGUUGAUGGGCCAUCAAUGAAGGAUUGGCGAGGAGGCCGUGGUGCAGGACAGAACAUCAUCCCAAGUUCAACUGGUGCUGCUAAGGCAGUUGGAAAAGUUCUGCCAGAAUUGAAUGGGAAGCUCACUGGAAUGGCAUUCCGUGUCCCAACACCUAAUGUCUCUGUUGUGGACUUGACUUGCCGGCUAAAUAAAAGUGCUUCUUAUGAUGAUGUGAAAGCAGCGAUAAAGUAUGCAUCAGAGGGUCCACUUAAAGGCAUUUUGGGUUACACCAACGAGGAUGUUGUGUCAAAUGAUUUUGUUGGGGAUUCCAGGUCGAGCAUAUUUGAUGCUAAAGCUGGUAUAGGCCUGAGCAAAUCAUUCAUGAAGCUCGUCUCCUGGUACGACAACGAGUGGGGUUACAGCACCCGAGUUUUGGACCUCAUAGAGCACAUGGCGUUGGUAGCAGCCACCAGUUGAAAUAGAAGAUAGGAGCUAAUGCAGAAGUUGGCGCAAGCAACAAUUUGUAUUUGAAAAAGUUAAAGAGGAGUUUUGAUGGCUCCGUUUUUGUUAUGGAUUGAGUUUCAUUACUGUCGUAUUCGAGUUUAAAAUAAUGAACAGUUGGACAUGUAUGGUGAUUAUAUACGCGUUUUCAUAAGGAUGUGAUUCUAUACACUUGCUGCUAUGGAGAGGUGGCUAUUUUUGACCAUAAAA